AUGAACAAUGAUCAAAUGUUGGAGUGUCAGACAGUGCUGGAGGCCAGGAGACAGUGCUGGGGGCCAGGAGAUAGUGCUGGAGGCCAGGAGACAGUGCUGGAGGCCAGGAGACAGUGCUGGGGGCCAGGAGACAGGGCUGGAGGCCAGGAGAUAGUGCUGGAGGCCAGGAGACAGUGCUGGAAGCCAGGAGACAGUGCUGGAGGCCAGGAGACAGUGCUGGAGGCCAGGAGACAGUGCUGGAGGCCAGGAGACAGUGCUGGAGGCCAGGAGAUAGUGCUGGAGGCCAGGAGACAGUGCUGGAGGCCAGGAGACAGUGCUGGAGGCCAGGAGGCAGUGCUGGAGGCCAGGAGACAGUGCUGGAGGCCAGGAGACAGUGCUGGAGGCCAGGAGAUAGUGCUGGAGGCCAGGAGACAGGGCUGGUGGCCCGGAAGCAGUGCUGGAGGCCAGAAGACAGUGCUGGAGGCCAGGAGACAGGGCUGGAGACUAGGAGACAGUGCUGGGGGCCAGGAGACAGUGCUGGAGGCCAGGAGACAGUGCUGGACGCCAGGAGACAGGGCUGGAGGCCAGGAGACAGUGCUGGAGGCCAGAAGACAGUGCUGGAGGCCAGGAGACAGUGCUGGAGGCCAGGAGACAGUGCUGGAGGCCAGGAGACAGGGCUGGAGACUAGGAGACAGUGCUGGGGGCCAGGAGACAGUGCUGGAGGCCAGGAGACAGUGCUGGACGCCAGGAGACAGCGCUGGAAGCUAG